AUGUAUGUGAAAUGCUUUGAUACAGUAAUGUUUUACUAUGUGAUUUUAGUGUAUUUAGUGAAUGUCGCUUUUUGUCAUUUUCAAAUUUCCCGCCGUUCCGUCCCCCAUAUGUCCCGAUGCUCGCAGGGGACGGAACCCAGAUGACAGAUGCCGGCAUCUGCCGUAUUACAUUGCCGGGGACACUGCAGGAGGGACAUUGCGGGAGCGCAGGACAAGGUAAGUGAAGAACAGAUGCCGGAGCAGCGCCACAUGGUAAGCCCGAGUGUAGCUCGGGGUUACCGCUUUUGCUACACUCGGGAAUACCGUCAGGGAGGCUAC